AUGGGAAUUUGUGUUCAGAAGCAGAAAAAAAUAGAAUCUCCUGAAGCCAUUCAUGAAACAAAAGAAAAAGAAGUUGCAGAAGUCCCGCAGCGGCCAGUAAGAAAGCAGCAUGUCCGAUUAUCAGUUGUACCUUCAAAAACUCCUCUAUCCCGUAUUGACUCAGACUUACUAACUUCAGUCAAAGAAGCUAUCACAAAAUCAGAAAAAUCCCGAGGAAUCCCAGAAGACGUCCAAAACGACUCAAAGAACUCACGUAUUUUGAUUGCUGGAGUUCCAAAUGAAAAUCGGCAAAACGGCUUUGAAGACAAAAAAAUGAGAUUUGAAGGAGAAAACGCUAAUAUGAGCUAUGUCAGCUCAAUCGGAGUUGGAAUUGCGUGCAAAAAAGGACUUAAAGAGGACCCUAACAACCAAGAUGACUUUACUGUGUUACUAGACAAAGCCUUUCAAUUUUUUGGCGUUUUCGAUGGACACGGGGCUUAUGGGCAUGAAAUUUCGAAUUAUAUACAUUUGCUGCUGCCUAAAUUGAUUAUUAAGCAUGAACAGUUUGAAGAAAAUAUUAGAGAAGCUAUCAUACAGUCGUUUUUUCACGCAAACAGUUCUUUAGUUGAGCAGUGCGACAAGCCUGAAUCUACUUAUGACUGUAUGAUGUCAGGGACUACAGCAACUACUUUACUGAUUAAAAACAAACACAUAUUUAUUGGCCACGUCGGAGAUUCAAGAGCCGUUUUAUGUUUAAAAAAUGGAGAAGCUAUUCAAGCUAAGCGACUAACUACAGACCACAAACCUACCUUGCCAGGUGAGCUGCAAAGGAUCCAGUCUUGUGGAGGAGAAGUUAAGCAGCUGCCUGAUGAUGUUCCACAUAGGAUUUUUAUGAAAGGAAAAGAUUACCCAGGGCUUUCUACAAGCAGAGCUCUAGGUGACGCUAUCGCUCAAAUGGUAGGCGUUUCUCCUCUGCCUCAAUUUGAAGAUAUCCCUUUUCAAGACAACUUUGAAUACCUAAUUAUGGGCAGUGACGGUGUUUGAGAGUUUAUAAAAGACCAAGAAGCUGCUGAUACCAUUGCCAAAUCAGGAAAAAACGUCCGACAAGGAGCUCAAACCUUAGCAUCCUUAGCUUGGCAAAGGUGGAUAACUACAGAAGAAGAUGUGGUUGACGACAUAACGGUGUUAGCUAUUCAUUUACCGAGUUUGUUGAAAUAA